AUGCUCAUGUUUGUAUCUACUGUUCAUUAUUACUAUGGAUCGUAUCAUCAAAUACUUGAAGUUUCUUUUCGCCAAACAUCCGAAAAUAGUGCCAAAUUGAAUUAUUGGGAGCAGUGUGAUCUACCAAUUUACGAUUUUUAUAAUGACGAAAUUUUACCGUAUGUGGAUCCCAAUGUGAACCCCAUUUCAAACUGUGAUGCGGAUCUUAAGCCUUUGACCACUCUUAUCAACGGCUCAUGGGGUUUAGAAGACAAGAAUGUUGAGUUGGAAUGUCGAACAAGAUGUCAUGGGCGAGUAACUGAAAGAGAAAACAAAAUAGGAAACUGGAGUUAUGUUCCCGGUCCAGUUGAUUGUGAAGUUCUAGAAGCAGUGUGUGCAGAGAAUAACACAGAUGUAUAUGGAUAUCUUCACACUCAAAUAAUUCCGACACCACCGAGAGAGCCGAAAGUUGAAACCGAAAAUCUGACACAAUACGAUGUGACAGUUAUUUUGUUAGACUCGUUGGCUUAUUCACAAGCCAGAAGAUCGCUCCCACGCACUAUAACGUAUAUGGUGAAUCACAUGAACGCUGUGCUCUUUUCCUACAUCAACAAAGUGGGUGAUAACAGUAGACCAAACGGCGCUGCUCUUUGGUUUGGGAAACUGUUAGAGAAAUUAGAUCGUUCUCUAUUUGAGGAAGAAACUAUAAUGGCUGACUGGACUCACGACUACAUGUGCUACGUUUUUAAGGAUAAUGAGACAUCUCUAUUCCAUGAGUUCCAGAAUUAUGGAUACAAGACAUUUUUAUCGGAGGACUGGGCUGAAGGAACACUAAACUGGCCGAACUGUAAAGGGUUUGAUAAGCCACCAAUUGACCAUUACAUGCGAUGCUUAUCCGGACCAGAAAAAGUUCAGUUGGUGUGGGCUUCAGUUCUUGGACAUUCCACAGAGAACGGUAUCGCUCAUUCGGAUAACGAUUUUUACAAUUUUAUGGUGAAACAUAGGAAACAACUAGACAACUCGUUUGUUUUAUUCAUGGGAGACCAUGGACUUCGAUUCGGAGACGUUCGAAAAACUUUUGUUGGUGCCCUUGAUGUCAACAAUCCAUUUCUAGCGAUUUCCAUUCCUAAGGAUUUGAGAACAAAUACAAAAAUAUUAGAUCAAAUGACAAACAAUGCAAAGAAGUUGCAAACACAUUUUGACACCAGAUCAGCGUUGUUGGAUAUUCUUAAGUUCCAAGCAGCCAGCAAUUUUACGGACACUAUUCCUCUGGAAAUUCCAGGAGAGAAAGGAUACUCUUAUUUGAGAGAACAACCAAGUAUGAUAAGGAAUUGUAGAAACUCACCAAUUCCUUUACAGUACUGCAUUUGUCAGUUCAAUAAAACUGCAGUGUCAACGGAAAAUCAAGUCGCAUUGUCCAUAGGAGAGCAUAUCGCGUACUCUGUGAAUGAGCAGUUAAAAGAGGGAAAUUUCACAGAAGAUUGUAUAGAGAUGAAAGCAGAUCGAGUUCUCUCAUUGUUCAAAUUCGAUCAAAGUAGGAACGGCUCAGAUAUUUACAGCGUUGUUGCUGAAAUGGAACAGCCUAGUCAAGCGGAUUUCAAAGCAAACGUGAAAGUUCUUCCGACAGGAAAGAUCAGAGUCUUGGGUAUGAUAGAAAGAGCAAAUUCGUACGGGAAAACUGCUGAUUGCAUCACUUCGGAGCAUCAUCGAACAUAUUGUUAUUUAAAACACACAGAUAACGGAACGGUGGAGCUCCCACGUGGAAAGAUCGUCGGAUACUCGUGGCAAGUGGUCCGAAAGCUGGGAGAAGGAGGAUGUGGAAGUGUGUACCUAGUUAAAAAUCUGGAAGAUGAAACGGAAGCAGCAAUGAAAGCAGAAUCAAAUAAUGCAGCUGGUGGAUGUGUUCUCAAAUUAGAAGUUGCUAUUCUCAAAAAAUUAACAGGAAAACCACAUGUGUGUCAAUUUCUGUUGGCUGCAAGGCUCACUGAUUUUACCUAUGUUAUAAUGACACUUCUCGGCGAGAGUUUGAAUAAAAUCGUCAAAAGAGUCGGACGUCAGCUCACAGUGUCUUCACAAGUCCGCAUUGCGGCAAAUGUUCUCUUCUGCCUAAAACAGAUUCAUGAUAUUGGAUUCAUCCACCGAGAUUUGAAACCAGCCAACAUGGCACUGGGUCACAAGUCCAACUCAAACGAAUGCCGCUUUUUUCAUGUGCUCGAUUUCGGACUCGCUCGCCAAUUCCUCGUUGCUCAUUCAGAACAACCAAGCAAAUUCAUGAUGAGAAGACCCAGAGAAAAGUCGCUUUUUCGAGGAACCACUCGUUACUGUUCAAUUCGAAUGCAUGAUCGUGCUGAACAAGGAAGAGUGGAUGAUCUGUGGAGCAUGAUGUACUUGCUCGCGGAGCUCCGAGGCCCUCUUCCAUGGUCUUCUCAGAAUGAUAAAAGAAUUGUGGGCGAGAUGAAGAGACUGCACUCGGAUGAAGUCGUCCUGCAGAAUAGUCCGAUGGAAUUUUUGGAAAUCGCCAAGCAUUUGAGAAGCUUGACCUACUUCCAUCGUCCGGACUAUCACAAAAUCUUCAUGUUGUUGAUCUCUGUGAUGCAAAAAGGGAAUUUCCUCUGGAAUGACCCGUAUGAUUGGGAGACUUUGCCCGCGAAACCAUCAAAAUCGACAUCGGCAUCUCCCCUCCAGAGCAAAGAAGCUGUCAAACAGGCAGGAAGUCGUGAAGUGUUGAGCAGAGAGAAUCUCAGCAAGGAAGAUGUCAAAACUGCAAGAAAGACGAGUAAAGAAGCAAGUCGGGAGAAUGCGAGCAAAGAGAAGACGAGUAGAGAAAAGGCCAGCAAUGAAUCAGCCGAGAAGAUGAGUCUGUCGGAUGAGAAGGCGGACGAUCCGAAGAAAGGAUACUGGAAACUUCUUCCAUUUGAUCCUGAUUUUUUUGCCUCUGAUCCUAUUGGAUUUUGA